GUCUGGAGUUUGAGUUAUUCCCCACAAUCUGAAUUCUGAAUAAAGCAUGGAUGGAAGAAACUUCAUAGAAGAGCGCCCCCCGGAGGUUGAAGGACACACAAGCAACGAUGUGCGAGUCAAUGUUCGAGAACUCAUCCGAUUGAUGCAAAGCAAGGUGUGGGAACAGCAGAAAUUAAUCGGCAAAUCGGUCGACAGAAACGAUUGCUGCAUUUUCGGGGUACCUCAGGGCUUCACCGAUUCCGAAGUCGAUGCCAGGACGUUUCAACCUCGCACGGUCUCAAUCGGUCCAUACCACCGCGGGAAGCCGCAUCUGAGGGAGAUGGAGAAGCACAAGUGGAGGUUUUUGGAGAGAGCGAUACGGAGGACGGCGACGAAAAACGGUGCGGAUUGGGAGGACUACGUAACAGCUGUGGAAGGAUUGGCAGCGGUGGCCAGAGCAUCGUAUUCGGAGGAUAUAACUGCUCUCAAAGGCGAUGAGUUUGUAGAAAUGUUGGUAGUGGUUGAAAUGUUUCUCGCAUUCACCGGGGUGGAUUGCUUUCAUGAAGACGAUCCAUUUCGGUCAAUGCAAUGGAUACAAUAUAGUCUCCACGAGGACUUUCUCUGCCUGGAGGACCAAAUACCAUAUAUCGUACUCCAGAAGCUGUUCGACCUUACUACUGAGGGCUGGAACAACCGCCAUUCAUUGUCCGACACGGCCCUCGAGUUCUUCAACAAUAAUAAUGCUUUAGGUCACGACUUGGAAUGCCUACAUCUACUUGAUUUAGUCCGGAAAAGUUAUAUCCCAAAGACUUACAAUAAGCUCGGCUUCACCCUAAAGACCCAUUGCAUCUUGGAGAUGCCGGGUGGAACGUCCCUGCUGAAGUGUUUCCCGAUAAUCGAUUGGGAAUUAAGGCAUCUCAGAAUCGGCAAAAUUGAGAGCAUAUCGAAGCUGCGCCGAGCAGGAAUCAAGCUAAAGUUGAACAGAGAUUGGAAGAAGAGUUUCCUGGCGGUGAAAUUCAAGCGGGGAGUGAUCUGGAUGCCCCGGGUAGCAUUGGACGACACAGCGUUCUUGCUGAACUGUGUGGCGUUCGAGCAGUGUCAUGGGGAGGUAAGAAAUGUGGUAUCAGCAUACGCGGUCUUUCUGAGCUGCCUCAUACGCACAGACAAGGACGUGGACAUUCUGCGUGAGGCCCAUGUCUUGGACCACUCUUUAGGGACUACGGCUGACGUGGUCGCGUUUGUGGGCAGGCUCGGGAGGGCAGCGGCGUGUGAUGUCACUGUAAGCUACUUAAGGCACGUGUUUGGUGGCGUGAACAUGCACUACGACAGCCAUUGGCACGUUUGGGCCAAUUUCAAGUAUGAAAACUUCGACACAUACUUCAGCUCCCCUUGGAAGGUCACGUCUCUCUGCGCUGCCCUUUUUCUCAUCGUCCUCACCACCAUCCAAACCCUGAUCGCCAUUUCCGAUUAUUUCAAGAAAGGGAAAUUCCCAUAAAAUGAAAAAGUGGGAGUUAAUUUGGAAUGUUUUUCUGUGUGGCUCAAUUUCCCACUGUUCCCACUUUUAUUUUCUUCUCUUUUCUUUCUUCUUCACCUGCUAUUUUGUAGCCAUGGCCGGUUCUUCAAAAUAGCAGUUCCAAAAUUUCUAAGCCUCAAACUUUGCAUCGUUUCCUAUUUCAUCACAUCAUAUGUUUUCCAUUGGCCUACGGAAGGUGAAGUUUACUCUUUUUUUUGUUUAACUUUGAACACUCUAAAACACAUUGUUAUAGGCUGAUAUGCAGCCUUAGCUUAUUCUUACAAAAUGAAAAAUUUCUCAAGAAGUGGAUUAUAGAAAUAUAUAUUUACUUGUGUGAACAAUGACUCGACUUUCACUAAUG